AUGGAGGCUCUGUCCGCAGAGCUCGAUAAGCUUCGGCUGAGCACCAGUGCACUCAGCGACCCCGGCUGGAUAGAUUCCAUUGCAGCCGAGCAGCGGCCGCCGAAGCGACAGCGCAAAACCAAACAUACCAUCAAGAAAGAGCUCGAGGCAGAAUUUCUGACGCCAUCACGGUCCUUCAACACGCAAUGGUUGAACCAGCUACAGCAACGUUGGGAUGCUCCAACCAACUACCGCAGCCUGUGUCAGAUUGCGCCGACUCAGACUCGCACCAUCAUCCGCUUCACUCGCGAAGGACUGGAAGGCCGUGUGACAGGGUAUAAAGAGGUCACCGUUCCUGCCAACUCGGCGACAGCGAAAAACUCCACUUCCUUGCUGAGGAAGCCUGCCAACAGAGCUGAGUUCGUCCGCGGUGCUGCUGGCUUUUUCCCCUUCGCACCUGGUGGCCUCGAUGGUGUCGAAGCAAUUGCUGCAAGAGAAGAUGAAGCAAUUGUGCAACAAGAAAAGGCCAGCGCCAAGGCAGGUGGCGGCCUCGACCGAGUCAUCAAUUUCAGCGACCCGACUGGUCUGCUUGCUAUUCCUCCAGGCUUCACCCGUGGAUUGGACUUCCAGAAGAAGCUACUACCGGAUGCCAAAAUAACAAAAGAGGUUGAAGACACUCUAGGAGAGGCGUCAGCAGUCAACAAAUCCAGCGAAGAUGACGAUGAUGAAGGCUCCAACGAUGAUCGCAACGGUGGCGCUGCAGCGGGAGAAGAUGGUCAAACUCCUAUGGAGGAAGAAAUUGAUGCUCUUCUCCCCGUCGAGUUCCCUGCGCUAGCUCCUCAUGGACCUCUGGCCAUGGCUGCUUCCAGGAAGAAAGGCCGCGAAUGGGCUCACAUGGUGGAUAUUAACCGCGACAUCACUAACUUCCGAGAACUCGUUCCGGAUAUGGCUCGUGAGUAUCCUUUUGAGCUCGAUACCUUUCAAAAGGAGGCCGUGUACCACCUCGAGAAUGGUGACUCAGUUUUCGUUGCUGCACACACCUCUGCUGGAAAGACUGUGGUUGCAGAGUACGCCAUUGCACUGGCUGCCAAGCAUAUGACCAAGGCUAUCUACACAUCUCCUAUCAAAGCUUUGAGCAACCAGAAGUUCCGCGACUUUCGGCUCACAUUUGAUGAUGUCGGUAUCUUAACUGGAGAUGUGCAGAUACGACCAGAGGCAAGUUGUCUUAUCAUGACUACCGAGAUUCUUCGCAGCAUGCUGUACCGUGGAGCAGACUUGAUCAGAGACGUGGAAUUUGUCAUCUUUGACGAGGUUCACUAUGUCAAUGAUCUUGAGCGAGGUGUGGUCUGGGAAGAGGUGAUCAUUAUGCUUCCAGAGCAUGUUACUCUCAUCCUGCUAUCAGCGACGGUCCCCAACACUUAUGAGUUCGCAUCAUGGGUCGGAAGGACGAAAAAGAAGGAUAUCUACGUCAUCUCCACGCCCAAGCGCCCCAUCCCGCUCGAACACUAUCUCUGGGCUGGCAAAGGCAUGUACAAAAUUGUCACCGCGGACAAGAAAUUCAUCGAUAAUGGCUGGAAAGAGGCCAACGAUGUCAUGUCUGGUAAGGACAAGGUCAAAGCUCCAGUGACGAAGGAAGCUCCUACGGGCAGAGGAGGCGGCGGCGGCGGCGGCGGUCGAGGUGGCCCGGCUGCAAGGGGCGGACAAAACCAACGAGGUCGCGGCCAACAAAAUGGCGGUCGUGGUGGCGCACAGCGUGGUGGAGGUCCACCAGCCCAGCGAGGUCGGGGCAACAUAGCUCGCACGGGCCGUGGGGGUGGUCGAACAACCGCUGCCCAGGACCGCAACAUAUGGGUGCAUCUCAUCCAAUUCCUCCGAAGCAAAGAUCUGUUACCAGCAUGUAUCUUCGUCUUCUCGAAGAAGCGCUGCGAGGAAAACGCCGAAGCACUCUCAAAUAUCGACUACUGUACUGCUGCCGAGAAGAGUGCGAUUCACAUGACAAUCGAAAAGUCGCUGGCCAGGCUUAGCCCAGAAGACCGAGAUCUGCCUCAGAUCAAGCGACUGAGAGAAUUGCUAAGCCGAGGAAUUGCUGUUCACCAUGGUGGUAUGCUUCCAAUUGUCAAGGAGGUGGUCGAAAUCCUGUUCGCCAAGACGCUCGUGAAGGUGCUGUUCGCCACAGAGACCUUCGCUAUGGGCCUGAAUCUCCCCACCAGGACCGUUGUGUUUUCUGGUUUCCGCAAACACGAUGGCCGUGAAUUCCGUGACUUGCUUCCAGGCGAGUACACCCAGAUGGCUGGUCGUGCCGGACGAAGAGGUCUCGACUCUGUCGGCACUGUCAUCGUGUGCGCACCAGGAGCUGAUGAAGCCCCACCAGCCGCACGUUUGAGGCAGAUGAUGCUGGGUGAGCCCACAAAGCUGAGAUCACAAUUCCGACUCACAUACAACAUGAUGCUCAAUCUGCUACGUGUCGAAGCCCUCAAGAUUGAAGAAAUGAUUAAGCGCAGCUUUAGUGAAAAUGCGACACAAGCAUUGCUUCCUGAGCAUGAAAAGAACGUCAAGGUUUCCGAGGCAGACUUGGAGAAGAUCAAGCGUGAGCCGUGUGAGAUUUGCGAUAUCGAUCUGGAAGCAUGCCAUCAAUCAUGCGAGGACUAUAAGCGCCUCACCAAUGAGAUGCAUCUCAGUCUGCUUGUUGACCCUGUAGGACGGCGGGUGCUGAGUCGGAACAGACUCAUUGUAUACAAGAAGGACAAUAAACGGACAGCCGGCAUGCUCAUGCAAGAUGGUACCAGUCGGGGUAACGAGCCUACCAUCAAAGUACUGGAGAUUGCUCAAAACGAAGAUCGUAAAGCAGACGAUCUAUUGCCGUACCUUGGUCCAUUCGCAAAGUUCUUCCGAAACCUUCCGAAGAGCCCCAAGGACCUGAUCCUCAAGACUGCUUUCGUCCCACUCAAUGACAUUGAGUGCUUCACCAAGACUACUAUCGACGUCCCUGAGUCUGUGCAGAAUCUCAACAGAAAGAAAGACACGCUGAAGCUGGCUCAAGACCAGUUCUUGCCUCUGUGCCAAUCGUGGAACUAUGAAGACUGGGAUGAGUACGACUACAGCCGCAUCAAGAGCAUGAAGUUCCGCGAGUUGAUGGAGACGAGGGUGAAAGAGGGCCAGAAUGCUGUUGACAAGAAGUGUCUAGAGUGUCCUGAUUUCUUGAAGCACUUUGAGAUGGAGCAUGACCAAUGGGUUAUCAAGGAGAAUAUCCUUUCACUUCGACAGCUGAUGUCGGAUCAAAAUCUCCAGCUUCUGCCUGAUUACGAGCAGAGAAUCCGAGUAUUGCAAGACCUAGGCUUCAUUGAUGGAGGUUCACGGGUAGAGCUCAAGGGCAAAGUAGCUUGCGAAAUUCAUUCCGCCGAUGAACUCGUUCUGACUGAACUCGUUCUCGAAAACGUCUUAGCAGACUACACCCCCGAAGAAAUCGUCUCCCUACUCUCCGCCUUCGUCUUUCAAGAGAAGACCGAUACGGAGCCCACACUGACCGCUAGCCUCGAGCGCGGCGUCGCCGCGAUCGUCAAAAUCUCCGAGAAAGUAAAUGAAAUCCAGACUCUGCAUCAGGUCAUUCUAUCUGCGGACGACUCCAACGACUUCGUCAGCAAGCCGCGCUUCGGCAUGGUAGAGGUUGUCUACGAAUGGGCCCGCGGCAUGUCUUUUAAUAGAAUCACCGACCUGACGGAUGUCAUGGAAGGCACGAUAGUCAGAGUGAUUACCAGACUCGACGAGACGUGCAGGGAAGUGAAGAACGCGGCGCGGAUCAUCGGCGACCCGGUCCUGUUUCAGAAGAUGGGGACGUGCCAGGAACUUAUCAAAAGGGAUAUCUGCAACUGCGCGAGCUUGUACCUAUAA